CUCGUCUCGCCGUUUGGCGGCUAACAACAACAUCCGCCAUUUUCCUUUCGGACGUUCGCGGCACAGAAACACCUGCGAGUGUCUCUGUCCUCUGUCCUCUGUCUCUGUCUUCUGUCCUCUGUCCUCACAGACUGUCCGUCUCCGUCUCGUCGCGUGUUCACACUCGCUUUAGCUUCACCUGAGCGCGCGGUCGCCUGGCGCGUGUCGUGGACGAAGGUUGACAAAAUGUCAAGACCACGGUCCAGGUCACCACGAUACAGGAGGUUCCCAUGGGAGGAACCCGACUUUGAUCCUUAUAAAGUCCUUGCAGAACUGGACGGGGAUCAGAUGGACCGGAGCCACCACUCCAGGGAACAUCCCGAAGGAGACUUGGACUACUGUCGGGAAGAUAUGUACCCGGAAGACCAAAGAAGAUCCCCUCCUUCCUCAGAUGAUCACCACUUUGCGCACCAGCGUCAUCCAGACCAGGAGGAGUUUUACCGCAGGAGGCUGUCACCUCAUCGUGAUCCGAUGGGCUACGACGAGCGGAGUCUUUCCCCGCUUCACGAUGAAGGAGUAGAAGAAGAUAGACGAGGAGGAGGAGGAAGAGGAAGAGGAGGGGGGUUUAGAGAACACUUCCAGGGUUUUGAAAACAGAAUGAGGUUGUCGCACUCGCCUCCAAGGUUGAUGAGGGAAAGAUUACCGCCGGCGCCGAGGCCUCACCCGGACCAUCAGCAGAGAGAGCCGGGGAUGGGCUGGAGGAGAGAGGAGCAGGGCCGAGGUCGAGGGAGGUUCAGAGACCUCAGUCCAAGUGCGAGGUCAGAUGAUCAAAGAGGGGGAGGAGCAGGUAGGGAAGGAGGAAGGCGGAACACACAGGGUCCUCAUAGAGACAGACGAAGAGAGGAUUCACAUCAAGAGAGGAACCUUCCAUUUAAAAGGCAAAGAAGAGAAAUGGAUGGCGACAGUCACCUUGGGUACGGGAAUGAGGAGGACUUUGGAGAACAGCGUUACUCAGUGGACGCACCCAGAGAUGGGUUUAGAGGAGACGCUCAAAGGAGCCUCCCCCGUGAAGGCGCUCGUCACUCAGGACCGCUCGUCAUCGAACACGGUCAUGGCAUCACACGCAGCAGAGAACCGCCGCGAUGGGAACAGUUUGACGGUCGCAGAGAUCUCGACCCUGGCUUUGACCGUCAGAGGAGCCCCCGACCAAUGGGCUCCUCUCAGGAGCGUUUCAGGGCGUCGGACAACAGGUUGGAUGAUCGAGAAGUUGCAAGAGUGCGCCAUUUUCAAGACAAAUGGAGAGACGCAAGCUAUCAUGAAGCUAAGAGGAGCCCUACGCCACAAGAUAGGCCAAACCCAAUGAGGGAGGGUAACAAAGAUGUUCCCAUGAGCCACAGGGGCAGGGGUGGUCCUCGCCCAGCGAGAGGCUGGGUCAGUCGCGGGCAGGGUGGAAGGACUGGAUCGCAUAGGAAUCAACCACGCCCACAGCAAUCCUCGCAGGGAUACCAAGAGCUUCCUCGCGAAGAGGAAAGGCCGGUGUAUCGACCCCUCAGGGAAGAUUUUUACAAGGAUCCCAUCGAAGGGGAAUCUGACUGGGCUGAAGAAACCAGACUUCAACAGUGGAAACCAGAAAGACCUGGAAGUCUGGACCGACACCUCCCGAAGGUUGACUUGGACCCCAAAAUGCCUCGCCAGAGGGCUCGUGGAUGGAAUGAUCAGAAAGCCAAUAACAUGAGCGUCGUAACGGAGGAAACGCUAACCAUCAAAGUGGACAUGAGCCGACCCGUUAACCAAAACAGCUCGUUGUGUUACUCCUCAGACAGGCAGCUCUCGUUGGACCUGGUCAACGUCGGUCGCCAGCGUCUGGACUUCCUGCCUAUGCUCGAGCACUCCGGCUCGUACCGGGAGACCGCGAUGCACACUGGGACUUUCGCCCAAGAAAUCAUCACACUGGUGCACCAUGUCAAAGAGCAGUAUUUCAGAGACGACGGGGUCACCCUGAAUGAGCGUUUCUCAGCUCCCCAAAAAGGCGGCUACUCCGAAGACGAGACGGAGGAGCUGACAUUAGAUGAGAGGUUCAGUUCAAACCGAGGUUUCAGCUUGAACAUGAACUCGCUGCUUGAUGACGAGGAGCCUCUUUUCUCCAGGCUGGGAUCCCUGCAGCCGGUGCGAGGCCCGGGUGACCUGAGGCAUGACCUGGAGAGGAGGAGGCAGGAGAGACUGGAGGGGGUUAAAGUCACAAUAUCAGGGAACAGUGUGUCACAGCGCCCCCUGGGUCCAGCCAGUGAGCUGGAGGGUCUUGAGUACAGCGACAAGGACGAAAUGGCUCCAAUGGAGGACGAAGGAUUCUCCAACUGGGCAGAGGAGCAAGGCAGGAGGCGAGAAGGCAACAUGGGACCAAGGAGAGGAGCCUCCUACAGGCCGAACACCGGCCCCCAACGCAGGAACAAUCGCUUCGGCAACCGGCUUGGACCGGCGAGGCGGCAGAACUACCGCAACAACCCUGCAGGUCCUAACUGGUGAUCGGAUAACAGAAACUUUUGGACUCUGCUGAUUUUGUUGACUUUUUAAAAACCAGCCAACUAGAAGGGGGAGUAUGUUGUCCUGUUUUCUCGGACUGAAUCGCGCCCACGUCGUAUCAAACUGUGAAGAGGUCUGAUCAAACCGGAUGAUUGAGUCGGAUGUGAAACGUUCUGUGACUUCUACCCACGCCUCUUCUUCCACCUUCCACCUUCCACCGAACGUCUACAGCUGCAUUGUUGGAGGUUUCAGCAAAGCAGAGAUUUUAACUCGUCCUUUCCGUCCAGUUAUCAGUGAAGCACACAUCACCGUUGUUCUGGUUUAGCUGCUUAUUAAUGACAUUGUGUUGUCUUGAUUUCUUCUGUCAAUUCGAUCACAUCUGUUCAGUCUUUCUGUCCGCGACACGUGACCGUGUUGCUGAACAAAUAAAAGUUUUGUCUUUUUGAUUUA